AGCUAUCUCUCCAUUUCAAUUCACAGGGUGUGACAAGAAAAGUAUGUGAUACUCUUUAUGGUGUUGAGAAAAAAAAUGCAUCAAGUUCAUUCAUCAAAAGGCGCAGAUUCUGCAAUGAACACAGUGCUAGUGCCAACAGAGAACAACAGGUGGGUCCUCAAUCACCACAGCCACCACCAUCAGAAAAUGCGACCCGUCAGUCGACCCACCCUGGACCCACUGGACCCUCUUCCAGUGCCCUCAUGGACAACGUGGCACCCGGACAACAACAACAGCAGUGCUGCCACCUGCUGGGCACAUCACUCCACAGCCUCAUCCAAGCCCUAUGUGAAUAACUCGGCAACCCUGGAAGAUUGUUGUGGUGCCACACCAGGGAAAACCUUUUUGGACCUGGAUGAAGCCAAUAACAAGGAAGAGAGGGAUGCCGAAGGUACCAUAAUCGCUGGGAAUGUGGAUCCCUCUUCCAGCAGCUCGGCCAUCAUGCGUUGGUUGGAACAAAAGACACCCACUGAGGACCAGCGAAUGUUUGCACAGGGAUUUCAGGAGGCCUAUCAAGACGUGGUGAAACGCGAAAGGAACCCGUCCACUUCCACGACACCGACGACAGCCGGGUCAGCCUGCCUAGUGUCGAGCAGUGACGACACUUCCCCGCAAUCCUCUCGACUCAUGGACGAUUUCGGGUGUCGUGAAAACCCAACACUGAGGCUCAGUCACCACAGGGUACGCCAUCAUGGUGGCAACAACAACAACAACAACAAGAGGGCAGUGAUUGACAAGCGGUUCAAUUUGAAUCGUGGUCCUUUGCCAUUGGAGCUGCUGAGUGAGGAAACUGCGGCCAAAAUCGAAAAGUAG